AUGCAAACUACUCAUUAUAAGAUUUUGAAGCUUGCCGUCAUUAUUGAAUUUAAUCAAUAUACUAAGAAUCUCCAAAUGAUAAACUUAUCAGCAAGCUAAAAUAAUGGAGAUUUGCUAGAGUAAUAUCUAGUCUAACAGAAAUUCAAAGUAACCAGAAUUAAUCACAACACAAAAAUGGAACCUAAAACUAAAUACAUAGACUUACUUGACAAUCAGUUCAAUGAACAUCUAGAAGAGGCUAAAAGUAUUGGAAGAAUUGGUGGAGAUUACAUUACUGAGGAUCAUGUUUGCUUAUUGGUCUAUGUUAGAUGUCAAAGUAUUGUUCCAAGGGAUUCAGAUGAGAUAGAAAUCUUUGACCCAAAAUGCCCAAGGUCGAAUCCAUAAAAUCUCCCUUAAUCAAAGAAAUUAAUUAAAUAAAUUGACUUAAAACAAGCUCAAGGAUUGCUCCUUAUCUAGUAUUGCUUUGCUUAAGGAUAAUCAUGGGAUAGUAUUGAUGAUUAGUCUAAAAAAGAUUCCUUUAAAAGUUUCAUAGAAAAUUUAUAAAACUUUCAAUUGCGAGACUGUAUGGAAUAUCUUUCUCAAAUGCUUCACAUUUCAAUCAUCGGAAAAAAAGAGCUUGAAAUUAUUUUCAAAAAAUCUUUUAGUCCAAUUAAAUCGUCUUAAGAUUAAGAUUAAAUCUAAGAAAUAGCUUAACCAUAGGAGAUCGAGUUGGAUAAUGAUUUCACUAUAAAGCUUAAAGAGUAAAUUUAUAAUUUAGAGGUUAAACAUAUUGAAAAAAUCAAAGAUCUUAGAAAAGAUUUAGCUAGUGCAAAUCUCAAGAACUAAGAUAAUGCUGAUAUUUACUAUCAGGAAGAAUUAUGA